UAUGUUCCAAGACAGAAGUAGAAUCAUAACCGAACAGAAACAAAAGCACUUGGAUCCAGCAUCCAAUCCCUCUGGACUGGAUUCUGGCCCUCAUAGCUAUGGAUGGAAAAGGGACUGACUUUCAAUACAGUGGCCUUUCACCUUUUAAGCAACAGUGGAUUGUUGUGUAUCUCCACCCACCCACCCUGGCAGCCCCCCAUGAACACCUGCAAGAUUUAGGGAGGUGUCAAUUAGCCAGCAACCAUCUGGAAAGGGUGUGCCUUGUUUAAAAUGCAGAGGGAUGUGCACUGGCUUUGAGCCACAUUCUUGGAGGAAAAUAUGCAAGUCAUGCAAAUGCAGCCAGGAAGAUCACAGCCUGAGCUCUGAUGCAGAAGACGAUCGGAAAAUUGGCCGCUUGCUCUCUGAUUCGAAAUAUUCUUCUCUAACUGCCCGGGUGAAAGGAAGCGAUGGAGUUCGCAUCUAUAAAAGGAACCGCAUGAUAAUCACUAAUCCUAUAGUGUCUCGGAAAGAUCCAACUUUUGACACUAUUACAUAUGAAUGGGCUCCACCUGGAUUGACUCAGAAGCUGGCUACUCAGUACAUGGAACUGAUUUCAAAAGAAAUGCAGCCAGUGGCUGGUACAGAAGGUGCUUAUUAUCGUCGCAGGAGGUUGAUGAGACAGCUCCCUAUUUAUGACCAGGACCCUUCCCACUGCCGGGGUCUUCUGGAAAGUGAAAUAAAGUUCAUGGAAGACUUUGUAAAGAAAUAUAAAAAUGAAGCUCUUGGUGUUGGAGAAGUUGCCCUGCCAGGCCAAGGGGGCAUCACCAAAGUGGAAGGGAAGCAACCUGACAAAAACGUUCCUGCAAGUAAGGAAGCCGUUUCAACCAAUGGAACUCUGGGUGAUGUACCAAAAGAACACGAAUUGUUCUGUGAGCUCUGCAAGCAUGUCCUCCCCAUAGACUGCCCCGUGGUCUACGCAGACAGAGCCAGCUAUGAUCACCAGUGGCAUCCUGCCUGCUUUGUGUGCUCCAAGUGCUCCGAACCACUCGUUGAUCUGAUCUACUUCUGGAAUAACAGGGACAUCUGCUGUGGACGCCAUUACUGUGAGAGCAUCAGGCCACGUUGUGCAGCCUGUGAUGAGAUAAUAUUUUCUGAGGAUUACCAGCAAGUGGAAGGCCUCACCUGGCACAAACAACACUUCACCUGCCUGGGCUGCGAGACCUUGCUGACUGGCAAGCCAUUCAUUCUGGAGGCAACCAAUCUGCUGUGUACAACUUGCAGUAAAAACAAGAAUCCUUAAACUGCAUAUUUCACAGCCCAAAGUUUUGUUUUCUGACUCAGCCCAGAUUUUAAUCAGUGGGACAAAAGGGGUGGGGAGGGGGGCAUUAAGCAAAGAAAGUCACUUCAUGUUGGAUUCCGAGAACCCUGGUUAUUCACAAUCAAUUAUAGGAAAUGAGAUUGGAAAUGGUAACAUGGUAGGAAACACAUUGGGGUGAAGUGUAGAGAAUUGGAAAUGUUCUAGCUCUUUUAGAGACGUUCAAUAUCACUAAAUGUACUGGAAACCGGGCUCCAUGGUCAGUUAUUCAGCAGCAGCAAAUUGCAAAAACAACUAAUUCAGGAUGUCUAGAAACAUGCAGUAUUCUUCCUUUUGCUGUUAGGUCUUGCUACUUUUUUUUGUUACAAAGGUGCUACAUUUGUUAAACCAUCACACACUAAGUACAGCCAAAUUACUGGCUUUAACGGAGCUAUUGUUUUAGGAAUGAUAUAGGUGGGAAAACAUAUAUAACCAUUACAUUCACGAGAGGGGUCCCACCAUGCCUGCUUCUGUUGGUUGUAAGGACUCACUCCUCAGAUGUAAGGUAAUAACAGAAGUUGUUUUUUCCCCAUUAAAUCAUUACAGUUUGAAUACAGUUAGACCCCUAUACUAACAGACACCUUAAGCACAUGAAGACAGAAUGGCUUGUGCAAGACAAUUGGAAUUGAUGGAUAUUGCAACUGGCAUUCAAAAAAUUCUAGCUCUAGUUAAAGCAAUAUGUGUGUUUAAGAGGCUUUCUUGAGAUAGAUAAAUAGUUUGGAUUAUGAUGUUUGUCUGCCCCAAUCCUUUCAUUUCUGGCACCUAGUAGAGCAUAAUGCUCCACUUUCAUAAAUGUAAAAAUCUCCCAUGUAGAGCAGUCCUAUUAUCAACAGUCACAUAGAGGAAGUAAUGGAUAGUGGCUCUGUGCACACCAAUGCCUUCAUCCUCUGGAAGCUCCACUCAAUUUCUCUCCUUCAGAAUAUGAGGAAAAAAUCAUGUGAGAUCAAGUACCAACAUUAACACCUUGGCUUAUAUGUUACCACACCCUGCAAUGUAGCUGUGGGAGCAGGGCAAGUUCAUGCGGGUAAUUUAUAAACAUAUGAACCACCACUUGGCCUAGUCCAGGAGUGGGUAAACUGGGACCCUUCCAAUAGUCAAAUAACAUCUGGAGGGCAACAGGCUACUCACCCCAGAUCUAGUCCAUUAUUAUUUUAGUCUCAAAAAAUGGAUCUCAACAGAGAGGUGGAGACCUUCAUAUCCUUCUGGUUUCUUUGUUUAAUUACAAAAUUUUGCCCAGCAUUUGUGAUGGGGCUCUUGUCAGUCUAAACUGUAGGAGCUUUUAAAGAAUCACCCAGUGGAAAUGAACUAUGUUAACUUCAUCUUAGGUGCAUCCAUAACAUAUCGACAGGUGGGCACUGGCCAUCAUGAUAAUGAUACUUUGAAACAUUUAAAGUCUAACCAGUUCAUGUUCUUUCUUUCUUUCUUUCU